AAUCCCGUGGAAUCCUACGCGGCUACUGGAAUAAGUAAAUACUUUGUACGAAAUCUUAAAUAAUGGGAUGUGUUCUGUUACUGUAAACUGUGUGCAAUUUCACUUGGGUAAUGCAGUUUGAGAAGCAGUAAGCAUCUUUGUAAAUAGAUAUCAGUCUGACUAGACAUUUGUUAAUAAAUGUCCUAUUGUCCUAAAAUUUAGCAAUUGAUUCCCUUGUUUAGUUAGUUAUAAGUGGUUGUCAAUUCCAAAUUGAAUAAGUUAGUUUUUUUUCUUUUUAAAGCAUAGUUUCCUACUCUUUAUCUGCAUCUUUACAAUUGAGGAUGACAUUAGUGUGCGUGUGAAAUUAUAAAAUUUUACUUAAUUGCUCAAAAAAUUAAUUUACAAGAAAUAAUGCAUCUUUGUUCAUCUAUUGAUGCCAAUGAGGCAUAGUGACAGACAGAACAAAUAAAUGCUGUUCUAUUAGAUGGCAGGAAGUAUAUACAGUAAUGAAUGUGUAUCUACCUUUUGUGACAUUUUUGUUGGUUGGUGUGCUGUGAGAUAUUUCAGUUGUAAAAUAUGUGCCUUGGCCCCAUAAAGGUUGGAAAUCACUGUUGUUACAAAACAAACAGAAAAAAACUUGUAAUAUAAAAUGUCGUCAAAAUUGAAGACUGUUUAAAUAAAGUUUAUUAAAAAAAAAAAAACUUUCGACGUGUGACGUUUUGGUGGGCGGGACUUCCGUCGAUGACGAGCCGCCAAAAUCAAACGACUAUAAGCCAGCUAGUUAAGAAAAAGUGAACAUUUUGGCGACAAAAUAAAGAGACGGACACCACUCGACAUGGAGGCAGCGAAAGGCGUUUUAAGUCACCUGAGUGCGCUGGAGGUUCGUGCGAAGAGCCGCCACAUUACAAGUCGUAGUCGCGCGGAGGAGCUGCGGAGGAGCCUGAAGGCGCUGAACGCCCAGAGGGACCGACUCAAGGCAGAGAUCCACACGCUCAAGGAUAUUGAAAAACGCAAGACGCAACUGUACAAUCGGUGUGCAGAUGAAGAAGUGGAGGCUGAAGACGGCGAGACCGAACAACUUCUGCAUCUGAUGGCCAGACAAACGCAGCUGAAAGAGCUUCUGGAUGCUCAUCACAUCACUGGUGGCUACAAUGUCACCAAAACGCGCAGGGGGAAAGGCGUGUGCCUGACUCUGGCGACGGCCUACGAGGGCGUCUACCUGGACACGUACAACCUGGAGUUGGACAUGAGGCCGACGCUGAAGAUCAGUCGCCACAAUGUGCCGCCAUUCAUCCCGCUGAGUGACCUCGGCGAGCGGGCCGGCCUGCAGGACGACCUCAGGGGCUUCCUGUACGCGCUCGGCACACAUCUCAACGCCUUUGUGGGCCGCAGGCAGCAGCUGAGACUUGUUAAGGAGCUCCAUCCGUCGGUGAUAGUGAUGGAGAGCAACGCGCCGUGUUCCAUCCUGGUGCUCAUGCUGAGUGUGCCCAGAGAGAACAAGACACUGCUCUGCACCCUGAACUACACAGACCACACCAGUUAUCUGCCCACGGGGGUCCGCUUUGACUGUGAAGAGUCUCCAGAGUGGAAAAACAACCGUAAGCUUCUCAUGGAGAUGCCGGUUCACAGAGUUUUGGGCACCCUGAAGAACAUGGACCACAUUGGUUAGUCUUCAUGAGUCCCGUUUGUCGUUUUUGUCCUGGAGCCUCUGGAUGAAUUCCAUCACCUUCUUGUGCAAGCGCUCCCUCUGGAGGAGCCUUGUCUUCUCCGACUGCUCUCGAGCCUCCCGCCGCCGCCUCGCUGCCUCUCUCUCCGAUAUGGCGUCGAUGCCGGCGAUACUUUUCACCCGCACGAACGACAAGCUCCUCCGCAGGAGGCCUCCUCUGCUUCUCGGCAAGGGGGGCGGCGCGGACCUCGGAACCUCAGCGGCCACGCGCUGGACUAUUUCCUUCAUGGCCACGCCGACCGUGGCUUUGGGCUCGCAGGCCUUUACCAUCCUCACUCGCCUGCGUUCACUUAGUAGCCAGCGUCGUCGUCGUUCCAGCAAUCGCUGCGUGUACCUGAACUCUGUCUCCAGCAAGUCCAUCUUGAUGUGAAGAUCUCUCUCGUCCUUCAACACCCUCAGCUGCACCACGCUUUGCUCCAUUAGUUCUAAAGGAAUAUUUCCGUUGACAUUUUAUUUUUAUUUUUUGUGUUUCCUGACAGAAGCCGUUUGCUGCUAUGGCUCUCUCGCUGCGUGUAAUGUAAUGUAAUAUAUGCUACCUAUUGUGUUUGAGGUUGUCUGUAAUUACACGGUGGCAUGCUCCUUGCUAGAUUCUGUUUCAAGAGGCCUUUAGGGUCCAGUGCUGCUUGUAUGGACAAAUUGUUGUGAUUCACAGUUUUUUGAAAAAAGAAACAAAAAGUACAUUUUACAAAAUAAAAAUAAGAAUACUGGU